GCAGCGCCAGAGUACAUGCAAACUGGGCGCCUCACUGCAAAAAGUGACAUAUGGGGAUAUUGUGUGCUGCUCUAUGAGCUCAUCACGGGUCGCCGUCCCAUUGACAGGAACCGCCCAAAGGGCGAGCAGAAGCUCCUGGAUUGGGUGAAACCAUACAUAUCUGACGUCAAACGGUUCCCCAUCAUUGUAGACCCACGGCUGGAGGGACACUACAACCUCAAGUCCAUGACAAAGUUGGCAGGCGUGGCAAACCGCUGUCUACUCCGUAUACCAAAAUCACGCCCAAAGAUGAGUGAGGUGUAUGAGAUGGUUCUGAAGAUUGUGGACAGCGUUGAGAGCGGACCGCCGCAGCCUCCUCUACACUACCAUGGCUUGGUUUCUGAACCGGGUGCAAAGCGGACGAAGAAAGGAUCGUUGAAGAGAAGGUUCCACGAAUUCAAAUUCGGUUCCCGCCUGAUCGUAUGGCGGGGCUGGAAGCCUGAGGUUAUAAAGACCUGUUGACGAGGUAGUAUGUGGUCCCUGUCUGUAAAGUAUAGCUGUUCAUACGGGUGCACAGUUGAGUUGUGGCGUCGUUUCCUGUAGUUUUCUGUGUAAUAGAUCUGAUUUCGUGUGCAUG